CGCAUGAACAAUGCGAUUGUGCUGUUUUUGGGCACGGUUGAGUUGGCUAAUGAGCUGGUUGAAAGGGGUUUAGUGGUUGACGGCAUUUUUACUGCCGUCCUUCCUCUCUCCACUCCAUCAAAGAAAGUGACUUUGUCAAAUGUUCCCCCAUUUAUUAAAGAUGAGGUUUUGGCUGAAAUUUUAUCACGGUAUGGUAAAUUGGUUUCCGCAAUUAAAAAGAUUCCAAUUGGAAGCAAAUCCCCACUUCUGAAACACGUAGUGUCGUUCAGGCGAUCCGUAUUUAUGAUUUUAAAAGAUAACAAAGAUGAUUUGGACCUAACUCUAAACGUGAAGGUGGAUAACUUCAGUUAUGUUAUCUAUGCUUCAACAAGUGUCAUGAAGUGCUUUGGUUGUGGGCAAUCAGGGCACCUUGUUCGUGCGUGUCCUAAGGCAAAGGGGAAUUCGAGUGAUGUGCAAAUAAAUCACGAAAACACCAGUAGGCCUAUGCCUAAUGAAAUUGUGGUAGAUGAGCAGUCUACCGAAAUGGGUGCGUCUACUGCUGCGAUUGCAGCACCCGCUGUAUCCAGUGGGCCUUCGUCUGCCUCAGCCGAGUCAGUAGGGGCAGAUCAUGCUUCCCUUUUGCGGGAAGAGGUUAACGGGGUAACCCCGAUUGAUAAGCCAGUAGGCCGAGAACAAAGUUCUCCCACAGAUGACGCAGUGAACGCAGAAUCUGAGAGUCAGUCCACACAGAACUCGCAGAGCAGUGCUUCUGCUGUCAAUUAUGACCAAGUUCUUGCGUCUCUAGAUGAAUCCCUCAUUGAGACGGAGGAAAAUGUUUUUAAAAUGCCCCCCAAAAGAAAGAGAUCUAAAAGGACUAAAAAGAGCGAUAAUUUAACAGAUCUUAGCGGCACAGAUAACGAAUACGAAAGUGAUUUCUCUGACUGUAGCGUUACCUGUAGCUUACGUCAUAGUGGGUUUGCUAGUUGCGAUUAUAGUGUGGAAGACAUAAAAUCCUUCUUGACAAAAACAAAACAUAUGAGAAAUGUUCGGAUUGACGACUACUUCCCUGAUGUGGAGCAGUUCACCACGAAAACGAAAUCUUUUUUGGAAUUGCUUCUUUAAAUUUAAAUGGGGCCAGGGAAAGAAGCAAGAGAGCCUUGUUGUUUGAAACGAUUAAGAAGAAUAGAUUUGAUGUGCUUCUUGCUCAAGAAACUCAUUCUGACGCCUCAAUUGCUGCUGACUGGGCAAGUGAGUUUGAUGGCCUGUCUAUUUUAAGUCACAACACUUCCAAUAGUGGUGGGGUUGCCAUUCUGUUUUCUCGGACCUUUACUCCCAUUUCCUACCAGACUGAGGAAUUAGUCAAGGGUAGACUCCUAAAAGUCAGAGCCCAAUUUGAAAACAAUUUCUUUGUUUUUUUGUGUGUUUAUGCACCCACUACACCAAUUGAUAGAAUGCUUUUCUUGAAUAUGCUAAAUGAUGCUCUACGCAAUUGUGAAUCUGAGGAUUUUUUACUCCUGGGAGGUGAUUUUAAUUGUACUGAAAAUGCAAUGGAUAGGAAUCAUGUAGAGCCACACAUGCCCUCACGCAGAAGACUCAUAGAACUGAUGAAUGCAAAUGAGCUUGUUGAUGUCUGGAGGAACUUUCACAGUACUCAGAAGCAAUACACAUGGGUUCACUCCUACAAUAACCUUUUGUCAUUGGCUAGACUGGACAGGUUUUAUGGUUUUAAGCAUCAGCUGAGUUUGUUUAGGAAAUGUGUGAUCAUCCCAGUUGGUUUUUCAGACCACAGUUUGGUUUUUUGUUCUCUUUCUUUGAGUUCUGUAAAGUCUAAAAGUGCUUAUUGGCAUUUUAAUAAUAACUUGUCAUCGGAUGGCCAUUUUAGAGAGGUAUUUAGACUGUUUUGGCAGGAUUUUAAGAACACAAAGCCAUCUUUUAGCUCGUUGCAACAGUGGUGGGACUUUGGUAAAUCACAAAUAAGACAACUGUGUCAGGAUUAUACUUUCAGUGUCACAAGGGACAUAACUCGUUCAAUGAUGAAACUUGAAAAGGAAAUAAUUGAACUCCAGCAUUUAGCUGAACAAACUGGCAACCAGACUUACACAGCAAACGUUAAAGCGAAGCAGAAAUCAUUGGCUGACCUGCUAGGCAUAAAGGCACAGGGAGCUCUGGUCAGGUCCCGCUUUCAGAGUGUGGAAUUGAUGGACGCUCCUUCUAAAUUCUUUUUUAAUUUGGAAAAAAAGAAUGGACAGAGGAGGUUCAUUCACUCACUGCUUUCUGAGGAUGGAGUUCUGUUGUCCAAUCUGGCUGAAAUACGUCAGAGAGCAGUCAGUUUUUACGAAGACCUAUAUAAGAGUGAGAGCUCGGAUAUUCAGGUGGAUGACCAGUCCUUCUUUGAGAACCUACCCCAGGUGGCCGAAGAGGCGAAUGCAGUCCUUGGAAGGGUUUUGACCCUAGAGGAGCUGCAGAGAGCCCUCCAGAGUAUGGAGUGUGGAAAGGCACCAGGGUUGGAUGGUCUACCGGUGGACUUUUAUAAGUCCUUUUGGUCAGAAGUGGGUGAGGAUGUGCUGACUGUUCUCAGCGACAGUCUUGCCAGGAGGCGGUUGCCACUGAGCUGCCGGAGGGCAAUACUCACUUUGCUCCCCAAAAAAGGGGAUUUGAAUGACAUAAGAUCAUGGAGACCUGUGUCAAUCCUCUGUACUGAAUAUAAAUUGCUCUCUAAAGCGUUGGCUAAUAGAUUGAGUGAAGUUGUGGAGCAGGUUGUCCAUCCUGACCAGACCUACUGUGUGCCAGGUAGGCUGAUUCAAAAUAACAUUUCAUUGAUCAGGGAUAUAUUUGAUGUAGGUAAGCUGUUUAACCUGAAAUUCGGCUUAGUAUCCAUUGACCAAGAAAAAGCUUUUGAUCGUGUAGAGCACAAUUAUUUGUGGAGUGCUCUGGCAGCCUUUGGUUUUUGCCCAGAGUUUAUUGAUAUGAUUAGAGUUCUGUAUUGUGACAUUGAGAGUAUUUUAAAGGUUAAUGGUGACUUGUGUGCUCCUUUUAAAGUCCACAGGGGGGUCAGACAAGGUUGUGCCUUA